AUGCUCCCAGCAAUUUCCACCCAUCGACUCUGGUGGGGUAGGCUUCAGAGGAGAAUCUGCCUGUCAAUGCCAAACAGGCAGCACUUAGAGCACAUGCACAUCAGAGUUGGAGACCAGGCUGAACUCAGCAGGGCCUUCACACAGAGGGAUGUGGCUACCUUCUCAGAAUUAACAGGGGAUGUCAAUCCUUUGCAUUUAGAUGAAGAUUUUGCAAAACACACCAGGUUUGGAAAGACAAUUGUACAUGGAGUUUUGAUCAACGGACUUAUUUCAGCUCUCCUGGGUACUAAAAUGCCAGGGCCAGGCUGUGUAUUUCUUUCCCAGGAAAUUAACUUUCCAGCGCCCUUAUAUACUGGGGAAGUUGUUUUAGCUUCUGCGGAAGUGAAAAGGCUGAAGCGGCUCGUUGCUAUUAUUGCAGUGUCAUGUUUUGUACCAGAAAGUAAAAAGACUGUUAUGGAAGGCUGGGUUAAAGUUAUGGUCCCAGAAACUCCCAAAUCCUGAAAUAUGUCUUAAAAGAUGCAAGUUCAGGCAUCAGUGUUACUGCUAUUGAAGAGCCUCUGAGGAAAACAGGGAUUGUUGUUCUUCACCAAGGAAUGGCUCAUAGACCCAGAAGCCCAUAUUGGGGGAGAGGAGCAGGUGGAGAGGUGUUCAGUUGCCCACAUUACAAUAUGGCCUUAUGCUUCACACAGACUUAAGUAUAUUUGUCAUCUGCCUAGGGUUUUAAAGUUGAAAAAAUACUGGGAAGAUUAUCAUAUAGCUAAAGGUUCUACUUUUAGGAUUUCAGACCUAGUUAGAUUUGCAUUUUGGAUGACACAAACCUACCUAUAUCUGGGUAGAAUAAGUUCCUCACUGAAUUUAUAACUAGCUGGCAUUUAAUUACUGAAGGCAAUGAUAGAAGCUGGGUCAUCUUGGAACACUUAUCUUUUACCAGUAAAUGUUCUUAGAUUCUGUUCUUCAGCACUUUCUGGGUCAGAGUUUAUUGCAAUUUGUUACUGUUUACACCAAGAUGGCAUCUUGUUGCACCUUCACUGGCUCUUGCCCUUCAGAUAGUUUUCCUGUUAUUGGAGGAGGGCUUGUGUGCAGAUAUGGACUCAGCUACGUUGGUCUCAUUAUAAAACAGGGAUAACAACACCUACGACACAGGAUGGGUGGAGAUGACAGAUACAAUUAGUUAAGCACAAGACAUGGCCUGUAAACAGUAGAUUCUACCGUUGCCCAUUCUCUUCUGUGAAUGAGCUUAGAAGUUUCCCUGGAUUUGAAGCUAACUGGCCAAAAGUUAGAUAAUAGACCAGUCUUUCAGGAUAUCAGCUAAUCUCUGUCAGUAUUUUAAACCUAGAAUAGCUCUUGAAUGCAAAGUUUCUAUUUUAGUAAUCCAGAUUUUUUUUCUCUCUCUUGAAAAUAUUGUAGGGUUCCCCCCUUUAUAUAAAUAAUAUAUGCUUGUUAUAGAAAAAUUGUAAUAAAAUGUUUAAGGAACACAGUGACCAAGUUCUUAAGAGAUAAGGGGUAUUAGAGAGGAAAUGUGCCUAAUGUAUUAGUACUAAAUGGUCAUCCCCAACAUAGCCAACACUUUUUAAGACAAGAAUCUGUAAUAGAACAUAUAUAUGGUCCGCCUGUGUUUUGUGGCUUUAGAUGGUGGCUCUGACCACAGCCAGAUGCUUGAUCAGGAAGGUAAAAUCAAGUAUAAUUGGUUGCGUCAACCCACAUUUCCUGGAAGAUUUUUCCUCCUGUUGGUGGAUUAGUAAGUAGAUUAUUUAUUUAUUUAUUUUACCUUAAGGGGAUUGGUUAAACAUUACUAGAAAGAAUUAUUCUAGUCACUAGAGGGCAGGACGCAUAUAAAUAAAGUGAGUAUUUUUAAACUUUAAUAUUGUUCCAUAUUCUAGUUUGUGAUGUUGAGAUGAAAAAACCAAAAUCAGUGUGAGAAGCAAGGAUGCCAUUAUCAUGAGUUUCAGAAUGGGCAGCAGGUGCAGGUUCAGACCCACCUGAAGAAGGUGUAUUUGUGAGUGAAACACUACACAUGCCAAAAAUUCGAUAUGACGUUGAAAAGCAAAAUGAGGAACUUGAGGCACAAAAUAGGGACUUGAAGCCAAAAUUAGCUACUGCUGCAGAACUCGUCUGGGGACUUAGCAGCAGUCCUGAAGUGGGUCCACAAGUGGAAUGUGACGUGAUCAAUACUAUAAGCUACUAUUUUUUUUUUCAAUGAUGAGCCAAUUUUCUACAUUAACUGUAAUCCUUGAAACAAUUUUGUGAUGUUAAGUAACUUCCCAGUUUAUAGACAAGGAGACAGACUGAUGCUGUGUGACUUGCCCAAGGUUGUACAGCUAGUGUGCAAACAGGUCUGCCUGGCUGCAGAGCAUUUCUUUUUUCCUGUCACCCUGUGGGUCUUACUGGAGUAUUGUUAGUUUCUGUGAUAGUAUAUUGUUAUGUGGUAUUAAAGUAUUUGGAACCACCA